CCAAUUUCCUUCGCAUCGAAUCCGACGCAUUCACGAGAGACCUCCGAAUCCCGAAAGUCCCCCUCGAAAGAUGUCGUCGCCCGCCGUCCUCCCCAUCUCCAACCCCCAGCCCGCCGCCACCGGCGGUGUCGCCUCCGCCGCCGGCUCCGCCCAGCCGCCGCCGCCGAUCGCCACCCCGGCCCUCCGCGCCUUCGUCAACCACCUCUCCAGCUCCCUCAACCACGGCCUCUCCCAGCGCCGCCCCUGGGCGGAGCUCGUCGACCGCACCGCCUUCUCCAAGCCCGAGUCCCUCUCCGACGCCGCCCUCCGCGUCCGCAAGAACUACUCCUACUUCCGCGUCAACUACCUCGCCGUCGUCGCCGCCGUCCUCGCCUUCUCCCUCGUCACCAACCCCGUCUCCCUCUUCUUCCUCGCCGGCCUCCUCGCCGCCUGGCUCUUCCUCUACCUCUUCCGCCCCGCCGACUCCCCGCUCGUCCUCUUCGGCCGCACCUACUCCGACCGCGAGACCCUCGGCGUCCUCAUCGUCCUCAGCGUCGUCGUCAUCUUCCUCACCAGCGUUGGAUCCGUCCUCAUCUCCGCCCUCCUCGCCGGGGUGGCCGUCGUCUGCGUCCAUGGUGCCUUCAGGGUUCCCGAGGACCUGUUCCUCGACGAGCAGGAGAGCCCCUCCACCGGAUUCCUCUCCUUCCUCGGCGGCGCCGCCUCCAAUGCCGCCGCCGCCGCCGCCGCCCCCGCGGUCGCCUCCCGCGUCUGAGGUCGAGAUCGUUCGCGAUCCGAUCAGAUCCGAUCGGAUCGGAUCGGACCGGCUGGGUUUUAGCUUUUACAAGUAGAUAAAAGAAAUAAUCGUGUAAGUGAAUUUUUUUUUUGAUUUACAUUCGUAGAUUUGUAGGAUCUGGAUACUAUUGUUGUGGAUCUGCUACUUUCGUGUUCAAAGUGAUUACUUUUUUUGUAGAAUACGAAACUAUGAAUACUCUGAUUCAUUCAAUUGAUACGCUUAAUGUUGGAUA